GAUAUUUUGAGAGUCGGGUGAUGAUCAAUGUGCGCGAGUUCCAAGCGCUGCAGACGCAGCUCCUGAAGGAAGGCAACGAGCGUUUCGAGCUGCAGGAAGUGAACAAGCAGCUCAUGAGUCGCGUGAAGAUGCUGGAGCGGGAUCUGGCCAAGAAGGAGUACGAGUUGACCGUCGCUGCGGCGGCCAACGCGAUCACCACCCAGGACGACAUCCACGAGCUCGUCGAGAACAACGUGGCUUUGAAGGAGCAGGUGCGGGCCCUUAAAGGGAUGCUGGACGCCAUGCAGAGCGUGCCACUACACGCUGGAGAUCCGCAGUCCGUGGCGAGGACGACGACAACAUCGCAAGACAUGACGGACUUUCAAACGGUGCUGGGCAAGUUGACCGCGAAAGAAGAAGAGUUGUCGGCCAUUCGCGUGGAAUGCCGCAUGUGGGAGGAGCAGCUGAUGCAGCUCAAGUUUGACCUACAGUCGGAACGAUUCCAAUCCCAAACGCUAGCUAAAGCCCACCUACAACAGGCCAAGGCAGCAUCUUGUUCUGGGAGCAGCGGCAACAAGGACGCGCCGCCGUUGUCGUCGAUCAAUCCGUUUGGGUUUCCCUCCAACUCGCCGUCCAAACAAUCCGCGGAAUUACAGCAAUACAAGGCGCUAGCGAUGCAGCGAGCAGAGUACUGGAAGCUGUCGGAAAUGGCCCUGGACCAGGCCAACAGCGAGAUUGCGCGGCUCAAGCAAGCGGUAGCGACGCUGGAAGAACGUCAUCUUCAGAUGGGGGGUGGGAACGCCAGCGACUCGAAACACCAGCAUAGUACACAUGAUCCUCUUCAAAGUGUGGAGGCAGCCGUGGACGAGGCUCGCAAAGAGACCAAACUUGCCCAAGACACCCUUACACAAGCCAUGAAAGAACUGGCGCGGCUGCAGGAGCAAGUGCGCGACAUGCCGCUGCAGUAUACGAUUGAAACGAAACGCUUGCGACACCUCGUUCGCGAUUUGCAAAGCGACCUCGCGGGUCAAAAGACCGCCGUGGACCAAUUGAAAAGCGCUGCGCUGCUCUACAGCCCUCGGAAUUCACGUGGCAUCGACGUGUCGCGCAAGAAAGCGCCCGGAAAUGUCAAACAUAUUUCGUUUUAACAAAAAAUAAUCAAGUCCUACAUGGACCCAGUCUA